GUUUUCUUACUUUUAACCUAAGAUGUGGUCCGUGUAUAAGCCCUCCGUAUAUAAGCCCCCAUCUAUAAGCCCAUCAAAAAAGGCUUAUGAAAUUAUAUAAGCCCAGGGCUUAUAUUCGGAAGUUUACGGUAGUUUUAUUAGAAUUUCUAUCCUGACCAAUGCUCUCAAUUUUUUGUAGGAAAGUAAUAACGUUGAAGAGGAAGAUAUGCAAUUGGAUAUUUAUCUAAUGAAUGGCAAGAAAUUCCAAGUGAAUGUUAGAAAUACAGACUCAACUGAUCAUGUUAUGCAGGUAGCUGGACAAACAUGUGUUUUGAUGUGGAAUGGUCCCAUUGCAUAGCACCUUUACAUAACAAUAUUGCCAUCUAGUGAUCUGAAUUUUCCAUUGCCAUCCAUCGUACAUGUUUUGACAUAUUUAGCUUCUAAUCAAUCUGUUUUCUGCAGGAAGCGAUGUCUCAGAUUAAGCUUCCUCAAAACAUGAUUCAGUAUUUUUCCUUGUUUUUGGUUCAAAGAGAAGAAGAUUCAGGCUUAGCAGGUAUGCAUAUUUAUGACUGUCUUUUAAGAAUAAUCAUGUGAUGGUGAUUUUACAGUAUGUGGCUGGGGUUUAGCUAUUUCUACAAUGUGCAGUUGAUUAUAAUGGGACAUGGCUGUUAAGGUUUCCUUCAAAUUUUCAAUAGCAAAUCUUCAUUCAAACGAAUUUCCUGCAGCUGUUUAACAUUUCCUGCAAGCAGUGCUCGCAUGCUCACCUAUUUCCCCCCCCCCCUGAUUAUUUAUUUCACCUCAAUUGCCUGUGAGAGGAGUGCUUUCAGUUUGACUCUAACAAACACCUCACACACUGUCUUUAUUUUUAGUUGUACGCAAACUACAAGGUUUUGAAUCGCCUGCGCUUGUCGUACUGCCUUUAAAGGACACACAUCGACUUGCAAUCAGGAAAAAGUAUGUCAAUAUUUACUCUGAACAUUUAAAUAAAUUUUGGUGAAUGAAUGUUUGAAUGCUUUGAUGCUUGCUUAAAUUUGUAGUUUCUGGGAUUCGAAUAAAGAAGAUGAGUUAUACAAGGACAAGAUUGCACUAAAUCUUCUCUUUGUUCAGGUAGUAAUAUUUUCAAUCAACUUGCAUCAGUUAUUUAGACAAAUUUUGGACCACAAAUUGUGAACUAAAUUCGUUCCUUGCAGGCUGUCAGUGACGUUGAGAGAGACUGGGUCAUAACAACGCCUGAAACUCUGGAGGAGCUUAAUAAUUUGAAGACAAAGAACGAGAGAAAAAAGGUACAUGACGAUCAAAUGUUUAUGAUGAUCAUAUGUUUAUGAUUAACUAGCCAUGAGAAGGUGUGAACUGAGUUGCAACAGGUGAUCAUUGGAUUUAAAUCCAAAUAAAGAUGAAACACAAGAACUCACUUUUCAAAUGGCAAAACUCCCUUUUCAAAUGGUAGAACUCCCUUUUCAAAUGGCAGAACUCCCUUUUUCAAAUGGCAGAACUCCCUUUUUCAAAUGGCAGAACUCCCUUUUCAAGUGGCAGAACUCCCUUUUCAAAUGGCAGAACUCCCUUUUCAAGUGGCAGAACUCCCUUUUCAAGUGGCAGAACUCCCUUUUUAAGUGGCAGAACUCCCUUUUCAAAUGGCAGAACUCCCUUUACAAAUGUCAGAACUCCCUUUUCAAAUGUCAGAAUUUGGUUUUCAAAAGCCAGAAUUCCGUUUUCAUUAAGUACGGUAAUAUAAGUUAUUUUAUAUGUUAUACAUUGAUCUUUUUCAGUAUCUAAAACUUGCAAGAAGUCAGAAAUUCUACAGCUAUCUCCAGUUCAAACCAUGUGAGAUGGAUUUCCCCGAGAGUAAUUCAAAUGUUAUCAUAAAUAUUGGUGGAUACGAGCUCAACUUCAAACUCAUUGGAACACAGGUAAUCG